UCAUCGCUCCAAUGCUAGAAAAUCAUCCAGAGGUAAGAAAGCCAUCCAGUUUGCAGCAGUUUUUCAAUGCUGAACAGAAGAAAAGUAUGAAGACUACGUCCUCCCCAACCAUUAACAAUGUUUCAGUGGACAGCACUUUUGUAGGUGAUACCAGCAAGACAGAAUCUUUAUUUUUUCAGCCUGGCUGGCAAAUAGCUCUUUGGGCGAUUCCCUAUUUAUCUAUAAUCAUUGCGUCAGUUGUGGGCAACAGCACGGUCAUUUGGAUUAUCCUGUCUCAUAGACAGAUGAGGACUGUUACCAACUAUUUUAUUGUUAAUUUGGCUCUUUCUGACCUACUAAUGACUGCUUUGAAUACAGUUUUCAAUUUUAUUUAUGCCAGCCACAAUGUCUGGUAUUUCGGUGAACGAUUCUGUCAGUUUAUUAACAUUCUUCCUAUUACAGCAAUUUUUGUGAGCAUUUAUUCUAUGACUGCUAUAGCUGCUGAGAGAUAUGUGGCUAUAAUUUACCCUUUCAGGCGAAAGCUUUCUUCUGGGUAUACCAAAGUGAUCAUAGGAAUCAUCUGGCUGGUAGCUUUUGGACUUGCCUUUCCACAAUGCUUUUAUUCAGAAAUAAAGAUUGAUGAUGGAAUAACCAAAUGUAAAGUUAUUUGGCCAAGUGGCACAUACCACAAUCUUCAGUAUCACAUUAUAGUCCUUGUAAUGGUUUAUCUCCUGCCUCUCACAGUGAUGUUUGUCACAUACAGAGCAAUAGGAAUGACACUGUGGAAUCAUUCUGUUCCUGGAGAUCACACUAACAAGGUUUACAACCAGCAUCAAAUUAUGGCUAAAAAAAAGUUUGUCAAGACAAUGGUUGCAGUCGUGAUAACAUUUGCCAUCUGUUGGUUUCCUUUUCAUCUCUACUUUCUCAUCGCGAGUACUUGGGAAAGUUUACUCAGGAAGAUAUACAUUCAACAAGUAUAUCUGGCAGUAUUUUGGCUUGCCAUGAGCUCUGCAAUGUAUAGCCCAAUUAUUUAUUGCUGUCUUAAUCAAAGGUUCCGCUCUGGUUUCAAGCUGGCUUUUCAGUGGUGCCCGUGCAUCAAAGUAACAGAAACAGACAGACGUAACCUUACUCGCCCAUUUACUGCAACGAGGAUCCAGAGAGAUCGACUGUCCAACUUCCAUACAAGCACAGGAACACAGAGAAUGAGCACUGAGGAGUAAUCAUUGACUAAUAAGGGUUUGGAAGUUUGAGUUUUAGGGUAAUGGUUUGAAUCAUUGCUUCCAGCCAUGUUUCUUUGUUGUAGCUUUAAAAUUACUACACACAAUGGUGACAGUUUUGUGGUUAUUCUUUGAAGCCAGCUAAUUUAAUUUAUAGGUUUUUAGCCCACCUUCCUCAUGAAAGGAGUCAAGCUGUCUUGGUUUCACCACUUGAUCAAGCUGUUCAUGCAUUUCCCCUCCCAACACGUAUUCAAGUUCUAACACAUUGCCUUAUACAGUUCCAAAAAAGAGUUGCAAAU